UCAAAGCGCCAAGAGAUGCCUGUGUGCCACGCGGAUGUGAUGCGCCAGCUGGAAAGGGACUGGAAAAGCCCUGCUAGGUGUCUGGAUGUGGGACUACGGUCGGAUGAUAGCUGGAAAAGGCCUGAGAGUCCAGCACAGCGUCUGGAGGAGGACUGGAAGGGUCCUGAGCACACACGAGAUACACACAACACUGAGAAGCCAUUGGAAACUGACUGGGGGAACAAGAGUCUUCUCAUUUACCAUCCCCAGCUGGGUGGAAGCACCUUCCCACUGCAAAGCAGCACUGGCUCCUCAGGAAGCCCACAGCCACAUUUGAAUGCCAGUAAGAAGCACAACAAGCCGGAUCUUCUCAAUUUCAAGAAGGGAUGGAUGUCCAUCCUGGACGAGCCAGGAGAGUGGAAGAAACAUUGGUUCGUGCUGACCGACUCGAGCCUGAGGUAUUACCGGGACUCGAACGCAGAGGAGGCUGAUGACCUUGACGGAGAAAUCGACCUCCGUUCCUGCACGGAUGUGACAGAGUUCGCGGUGCAGCGCAACUACGGCUUCCAGAUACACACGAAAGAUGCCGUCUUCACCCUGUCAGCGAUGACCUCUGGCAUCCGGCGCAACUGGAUCGAGGCCCUGAGGAAGAAUGUGCGCCCAGUCAGCGCUCCAGACGUCACCAAGCUCCCUGACUGUGACAAGGAGAACUUCCGUAACUGCGUUCCCCAGAAAGGCGCACUCCGGACGGAGGAGCAGCAGCGGCCGGGCUCAGGCUCCGAGGGGAGCUCCAAGGGCAGUCACUGGAAAGCAGAUGGGCAGCGCCAUGCCUUUGACUAUGUGGAGCUGUCCCCCUUGCCACAAGACCCUGGAAAUCAGGGGUCCCUGCAGAGGACAAAAGGGAGCUUGAGGAUCUCUGACCGAACUCCCAAGUACGAGGAGCUGGAGCGGGAUCUGGCCGUCCGUUCAGAGGAGAGGCGGAAAUGGUUCGAGACGCCCGAUGGCAGGGUCCCAAACAGCGAUGGCCCCGCAGGAGAGCCUUCCCGCAAGGCCGGGGAGCAGGACCUCCCCGCUCCUCCGCUUUCGGAGGACCAGCGGAUCCGUCUGAAUGAGGAGAUAGAGAAGAAGUGGCUGGAGCUGGAGCGCCUGCCCUUGAAGGACUUGCGGCGAGUGCCUUUGACAACACUGCUGAACCAAAGCAAGGGGGGCCAGGGAGACACCAAUGAGGCGCUGAAAAAGGAGAUCCAGUCACUGCGGGCACAGCUGGAGUCGUGCCGGGCCAGAAAUGAGAGCCUUCGGGAGGCAGCAAAAUCCCAGGGGGACAGCCACGUGCCCCGAGGGUACAUCUCACAGGAGGCCUGUGAGCGCAGCCUGGCUGAGAUGGAGUCAUCCCACCAGCAAGUGAUGGAGGAGCUGCAGCGGCACCACCAGCGGGAGCUGGAGCGGCUGCGGCAGGAGAAGGAGCGGCUCCUGGCAGAGGAGGCGGCGGCAACGGCAGCAGCCAUUGAGGCACUGAAGAAAGCCCACCGGGAGGAGAUGAAUAAGGAGCUGGGCAGGACACGGAGCUUCCAGCAAUGCAGCUCGCUCCCAGAAGCCCUCCAGAAGCAGCACCAGUUGGACGUGGAGUCACUGAAGCGGGAACUGCAGGUGCUUUCUGAGCAGUAUUCCCAAAAGUGCCUGGAAAUCGGGGAGCUCACCCAGAAGGCGGAAGAGCGGGAGCAGAUAUUGGAGCGCUGUCAGCAGGAGGGGAAGGACCUCCUCCAGAAAAAUCAGGAGCUGCAGACCCGCCUCUCGGAUGAGAUCGGGAAGCUGCGGAGCUUUAUUUCAUCGCGGGGCUCUGGGGACCGCGCUUCGCACAACAAUGAGCGGAGUUCCUGCGAGCUGGAGGUGCUGCUGCGGGUGAAGGAGAAUGAGCUUCAGUACGUAAAGAAGGAGGUGCAGUGCCUCCGGGAGGAGCUGCAGAUGAUGCAAAAGGACAAAAGAUUCGCCUCAGGGAAAUACCAAGAUGUCUAUGCAGAGCUGAAUCACAUCAAGGUGCGCUCGGAGCGAGAGAUCGAGCAGCUGAAGGAGCACCUGCGCCUGGCCAUGGCGGCUCUACAGGAGAAGGAGUCGCUGUGCAACAGCAAGUAGCGGAUUUGGUGAGGGAAAGCAGCAGGAGCACCCCUGGCCAGAGAGUGAGAGGAGCCUUGCAGUGCUGUUAUCCAGCAGUUUGCCCCAGCUUUGGGUUUGAGGGGGGAAAUAAUCUGCUCCGCCGCACUGCUCCCAAAAUUCCACGUGGACCCUGUGCCUCAUGGAGGAAGAGCUGAGCCUGGGCUGCAUUUAGUAAAUCCAGUAUUGGAAGGGCACAUGGCACUGCAAAUUGCCGGCAGAGUCAACAGUAUAUAGAGAUCCUGGGGAGAUGACAGAGAUCUUAAAUGCUUUCUUCCUCCUGUUUUUUGUGUGAAGCAUAUUGCUUUUUUGUCAGGAUGGAUGACCUGGGGGUGACUACUACUCAUUCAGCCCCAUCCCAAUAUGAACAGGAGCUGUUGUUCUACAGAGAGGGUGCUGGCAAUUACGGAAGGGAUCUAAUUGUGGUCACAUGCUGGGGCUGGAGGAAGAAGGAAAGACAAAGGGGUCAAGGAGGAUUUUUGGAUGGAGGUGACAGAUGUGGUGGCAGCUGAAAUGAAGGGUAUUAGGAUGGCACAUUUUUGCUCAGGAUGUGAUCACCUUGCCAUGGUAUUGGCAUCCCCUAGGAUAAGAGGGUGCAGGCCUGCCCUUCUCUUGGGAAGUGCUGCAGGAAUUACUUUCCUUAGGUAAGGCAGAUGGCUUUGUUAGUCACGAAUUCUGGUAGAAUUUGGUGUCAGAUUUUAGUGACAUGCACGAGGCCCCUGGGCAACCCAGUGGAUGGUGCAAGAGUCCAAGCAGUGAGCUCAGCUCCCUACUACACCUGUCAAGCACCAGAGCUCACUGUUGAUCGUUUUGGCCUCCUGCCUCUGGCCUAGAAACCCUUCUGUCCCUGUCCCGCCCAAGGUCCAGGCUUUUCCCUCUGCCUCCCAGCUGGACAUGGCUGUUGCCAUCGAAUUUGGAAUGGGGUGAGGGUUUGGCAUUUGUGGUGCUGGGCUGGCAAGAGGUGAGAGAACAGCUCAGGGCAGUUGGUUUCCAGGCUGCAGAGCUUGGUCUUGCCAUGGGAAUUUCUAGGAGCCAAAACAGAAAGGGGGAAAAUGGUUCAGGGCUCAGUGCUGUGGGCCAUGUGUGUUUUUUAGAAAAAACAACCACUCAAACAACAGUCUGCAUAGUUGUGC